CAUGAACUAAUUUGUUUCUUCUCUUCUUUUAUACUUGAGAAACUUUAGAUCUUCUUCUUCACAACAUAUAAAGCAUUAGCCAUGGCUCCUUCUUUCUCUCUUCCUUCAAUGAUAAUGGAAGAAGAAGGAAGAUUCGAGGCUGAGGUUGCGGAGGUUCAAGCAUGGUGGAACUCAGAGAGGUUCAGGCUUACCAGGAGACCAUACACAGCAAGAGACGUUGUGGCUUUACGAGGCAACCUCAAACAAAGCUAUGGCUCGAACGAAAUGGCAAAGAAGCUGUGGGGAACUCUCAAGACCCACCAAGCCAAUGGCACUGCUUCAAGGACCUUUGGUGCACUUGACCCUGUCCAAGUAGCCAUGAUGGCUAAGUACUUGGACACUAUUUAUGUUUCCGGUUGGCAGUGUUCAUCAACACACACCUCAACCAAUGAACCAGGUCCUGACCUUGCUGAUUAUCCUUAUGACACUGUUCCUAAUAAAGUAGAGCAUCUAUUUUUUGCUCAACAGUAUCAUGAUAGGAAGCAAAGAGAGGCGAGAAUGAGCAUGAGCCGAGAGGAGAGGGCUAGGACUCCUUAUGUUGAUUAUCUGAAGCCAAUUAUAGCUGAUGGGGAUACUGGAUUUGGUGGCACUACAGCAACUGUUAAGCUCUGCAAGCUUUUUGUGGAGCGAGGAGCUGCCGGUGUUCAUAUUGAGGAUCAAUCCUCUGUGACCAAGAAAUGUGGUCAUAUGGCAGGAAAAGUUCUUGUUGCUGUUAGUGAACACAUUAACAGGCUUGUAGCAGCAAGGCUUCAGUUUGAUGUUAUGGGGGUGGAGACUGUGUUGGUGGCUAGAACUGAUGCAGUAGCAGCUAAUUUGAUUCAAACCAACGUCGACACUAGAGAUCAUCAGUUCAUUUUAGGGGCUACUAAUCCAAAUCUUAGAGGGAAAAGUUUGGCUACACUUUUGGCAGAGGCAAUGUCUGCUAGUAAAACUGGAGCUGAACUUCAAGCUCUCGAAGACAAUUGGAUUGCAAUGGCACAGCUGAAGACUUUCUCUGAAUGUGUAACUGAUGCAAUAAAAAACAUGAACAUUGGAGAAGAUGAGAAGAGAAGAAGAUUGAAUGAAUGGAUGAACCAAUCAAGCUACGACAAGUGCCACUCCUAUGAGCAAGGGCGAGAGAUUGCUGAAAGAAUGGGAGUUAAGGACCUCUUCUGGGACUGGGACUUGCCAAGAACAAGAGAAGGGUUCUACAGGUUCAAAGGGUCAGUGCUGGCAGCGAUUGUUCGUGGCUGUGCUUUCGCACCACACGCUGAUCUUAUUUGGAUGGAGACUUCAAGCCCAGACUUAGAUGAGUGCACCAAGUUCGCAAGAGGAGUGAAAUCUAUGCACCCAGAGAUCAUGUUGGCUUAUAAUCUAUCACCAUCUUUCAACUGGGAUGCAUCAGGGAUGACAGAUGAACAGAUGAAAGACUUCAUUCCAAGGAUUGCUAGACUGGGAUUUUGUUGGCAGUUCAUAACACUGGGAGGCUUCCAUGCUGAGGCACUGGUGACUGAUACAUUUGCGAGUGACUAUGCGAGGAGGGGAAUUCUGGCAUAUGUAGAGAGAAUCCAGAGAGAGGAGAGGAAUAAUGGAGUUGAUACUCUAGCACAUCAGAAAUGGUCUGGUGCAAAUUUCUAUGAUAGGUACCUGAAGACUGUUCAGGGAGGCAUCUCUUCCACAGCUGCCAUGGGCAAAGGGGUGACUGAGGAGCAAUUCAAGGAGACAUGGACCAGGCCAGGGGCUAUGGAGAUGAGUGGUGAAGGAAGUGAGGUGAUUGCCAAGGCAAGGAUGUAAGUGAAGCUAAGGAUCUUAGUUUCAGAUUUGGAAAAUGAAGCAGUUUCUUGUAUUGUGGAACUGGGAGUGAGUGAUUUGUGGCUGUAAUUUCACAGGCGAUUAGGCCAUCCGGCUGGGAUUUCUUUUCCUUUCUUUUCUUUGCUUUUCCUUGCUUUUCCAAGCCACUGUUCUUGAUGGUUCUUGGUGUAGUUCUCUGUUUGUUUGUUUUAUUUUUUUAUUUUUAAUUUUUUACUGUUUUCCUGUUGGCUAGAAAAGGAACAUAAAUUUGGUUGAUUUCAUAUAUGUUUCCAAUAAAUCAAAGUGUCUGUUUUCUU